UGUGCAGACUUGACGCUGAGAGUCUGGGCAGACCUGGUGGUUUCAGGGUGUCAGGAAGAGGCAGUUUUAGGGGAGCGCGGUCAUUCAGUGACAGCCCCUUUUGCGGACUUAUCCCGGGACAAAGCUACCUCACCUGCAAGGGUAAAACCCUCUCUCUGUUUCCUGCUCCUUCUCCCUCUCUUCUCUGUCUCUUUUUCCCGGUUCCCUCUCAUUUUUCGGGACUCGUGCGCAGCUGGUUGUUCUUCGAGGAUGGAGCGUGCAUGGGACUGUGUUUCCUCCGCAGGGAUGUUUAUUCUCGGACUGCUAUCGGUGCUGUGUACAACUUUGAAUGGAGUUUGGAGUUUUAACCUUUACGCAGAGCACCCUACGGUUUACAGGGGACCCGAGGGAAGUUAUUUCGGUUAUUCUGUGGACUUCUACCAAGCUACCAGCGACAGCAACACGGUCAGUGUGCUGGUCGGGGCUCCCAAAGCAAACACCACCCAGCCUGGCGUUGUGGAGGCCGGUGCCGUGUACUACUGCCCCUGGCCGGGUCUCCCUGACAGCUGCAAACAGAUACCUUUUGACAAUUCCAAUAACAGAAUGAUAAAGGUAAACAAAACCAGGGAGCCCCUGGAGUUUAAGUCCCACCAGUGGUUUGGAGCAUCAGUCAGAUCACACAAAGGAAAAGUGGUGGCUUGUGCUCCUCUCUAUCACUGGCGGACGGUAAAGUUAAGUGGAGAGAAGGACCCCGUGGGGACCUGCUAUGUGGCCGUCCAGAACUUCAGCGCCUACGCAGAAUACUCGCCCUGCAGGACCAGUGACCCAGACCCAGAGGGACAGGGGUUCUGCCAGGCUGGCUUCAGUGUGGAUUUCACCAAGGAAGGGACACUGGUGGUGGGAGGACCAGGGAGUUAUUACUGGCAAGGUCAGGUAAUGACAGCGGGAAUAGCAGAGAUACUGAACGGCUACUCUUUGAAGGCAGUGCUGAGACGGGUUCCAGGCGAGAAGCACACCAGAGCUGCUGAGGACACACACGACGACAGCUACCUCGGUUACUCUGUGGCGGUGGGGGAGUUUACAGGAGACUCUGAACAAGAGCUGAUCGCGGGAGUCCCAAGAGGAGCACAGAACUUUGGAUAUGUGGCCAUGAUCAACUCUACCAAUCUGACAUUCAUCCAGAACUUUACAGGGGAGCAGAUGGCCUCAUAUUUUGGAUACUCAGUGGCUGUCAGUGACUUAAAUGGAGACGGGACGGACGAUGUGCUGGUUGGUGCACCCCUCUUCAUGGAGAGAGAGAUGGAGAGCAAACCAAGAGAGGUGGGAAGGGUGUACCUGUACCUGCAGACAGCUCCACUCACCUUCUCUGAACCUGUCGCCCUCACUGGCACACACACCUUUGGACGUUUUGGCACAGCUAUAGCACCCCUUGGAGAUGUCAACCAGGAUGGAUACAAUGACGUGGCAGUGGGCUGUCCCUUCGGAGGCGAGGAGCGUGGAGGCAGAGUAUUGAUAUUCAACGGAAACCGAGACGUAUCUGUACGCGGCCUGACCCUGAGCCAGGAGCUGAAAGCCGCCUGGAGCCCCAGUGGCGGUUUGCCUGGAUAUGGCUUCACUCUGAGAGGAGGCCAAGACCUGGACAACAAUCAGUAUCCCGAUCUGAUUGUUGGGGCGUUUGGUGCAGGUGAGGUGUCCGUGUACAGGUCUCAAGCAGUCGUGUCUGUAGAGGCUUCAAUGACCCUGACCCCCAGGAUCUUAAAUCCAGAUGACAGACAGUGUCACCUGCCAGACACUGAUAUUAUGGUUACCUGUCUGAGGGUAAACGUGUGUGCAGCAGUAAGCGGAGUGGGGAUCCCCAGUUCUGUAGGCCUGAGAGCAGAGCUGCAGCUAGAUUGGUUAAAAGGCAUCAGAGGUGGAGUAAAGAGAGUUUUGUUCCUGGAAACCCAGCAGCCACAACAUAUCGGCCUUCUAACACUGAGUCACAAUCGCCCACGUGCAUGCCUGAGCUACACCAUCUUUCUUAAAGAGGAGGAUGAGUUCAGGGACAAGUUGACCCCCAUCUCACUUGCUCUGAACUACAGCCUGGCUCCACCAACUCGGGGCCAAACCCUUCCACCUGUUCUCAACCAUUACAGCAGCACCUUUCUUCAGGAGCAUGCCUACAUCCUCCUGGACUGUGGUGAUGACAACAUUUGCAUCCCUGACCUCCAGCUCUCCGCUACCAUGGACCAGUCAGAGCUGGUAAUCGGAGAUGAUAAUCUGGUCAUGCUGACCAUCACUGCACUCAACCAAGGAGAAGGAGCCUACGAGGCAGAGCUCCACGCUCUGAUUCCACCAGAGGCUGACUAUAUCGGAGUGGAGCGCAAAGUGGAGUCCCUCUCUCAGCUGAACUGCGAAUACAAGAUGGUCAAUGAGUCCAGAUUGGUGGUGUGCGACCUUGGAAACCCUAUGGUGGCUGGAACAGAGCUGUCUGUUGGUUUGAGGUUUUCUGUCCAACGACUGGAUGAUGCCGGCCCCAAGAUUGGCUUCGAGCUACAGAUCCACAGCUCCAACAAAGAUAACUCCCAAAGCAACCUGGUCACUCUGAAUCUGUCCAUCAUUGCUGAUGCUCGUCUUGAUUUGCGAGGGGUGUCUCAUCCCUCUCAGGUGGUGCUGCCAUUUCCAAACUGGGAACCCAAGGAGAAGCCUGUCAAAGAGGAUGACGUUGGACCACAAGUAACACACAUCUAUGAGCUCCAUAACUCUGGUCCCAGCAGCAUUCAGGAUGCGGAGCUCCAGGUCGGCUGGCCUUCCCGUUUCCGUGACGAGAACCUGCUGUAUGCCAUGGAGAUUCAAACUGACGGACCAAUUAGCUGCCAGACGAACACCAGCCUUAACCCACUCGACCUGCAGAUUUCCUCUCUCCAGGACACACCUGAGUUGUUAGGUUUUCUGAGGAACACCAGCACUCCUCCUCCUACUCGUCGCCACAAGCGAGCUGUUACUGGCACUCAGAGUUACAGUGAUAAAACCUUGAACUGCACAAACAUCUCCUGUCUGAGGAUCACGUGUGUGGUCGGUCGGUUGGAUCGAGGGCAGAGUGCCGUGGUAAAGAUCCGUUCGAGACUCUGGGCUCAAACUUUCCUGCAGCGGCGAAACGACCCCUACAUCCUUAACUCUACUGUGUCAUUCAUGGUCACGGCAAUGCCUUAUCGUGUCCAACCUACCAGGCUACCACAACAUGCAACCUCAAUGGGGACGCUUGUUUUAUGGGGCACUCCUGAUGUUUCAUUUGCUGUUCCCCUUUGGGUCAUCAUUUUGGCGAUUCUCCUGGGGCUGCUGGUGCUAGCCAUGCUGACGUUAGCCAUGUGGAAGUGUGGUUUCUUUGACCGGGCACGGCCUCCAGCUGACGAUGACGUCUCAGACCAGGAGCAGCUGACAUCUGAUCAAACAGUAGACGCUUAAGAGGACAUAUGACAGCUCCUGAUUGGAGGACUGUGGUUUGGGAGGGAUGUGCACCUUCUGAGUAACUUAAAUCAGAUCUGAGAUCUGUACUAGAUGGACCCUGCGUUUCUUUGAUGGAGGUCUGCUGCUUCUAGGGUGUUGAAAGUGACUGAAGGAUGGGCUGAAGACUGCAGCGCCACACAGACUGGGACCAAAGACCGUGGUUCAAACCGAACUGAGAGGGACCAAAACACUUUUAACAGACUCAGUCACAAGCAGACACACACAUGUCCACUGUUAACCUUUAUGAUGAAGAACAGAAGUGAAAACAGGAUGGACUGAAGACAGUGCUUUUCAGUGUUUUGUGUUUCUGUGAGAGUGGGGUUUAAGAAAUUUGAGAACAAUGUUUAAGUGUCUCAGUCAAUACGUUUACAUGCAGUUAGAAAAAGUCGAAUUACUGUGUUAUUGCGACCGGAAAACCUUACCUGACGCGCCAGACUUUUUCACAUAUCCAUUGCAUGGGAUAUGUUUCCCAUCCUAUAAAGAAAUAUUGUCCAGAAAUGUUUUAAUUUCGUACACUAAAACAAUCACUAAAACUGUCAGUAGAUUACCCUUUUCCCAUGAGAAAGACUAACUAACUAGAAACUACUAACUACUUACUAAAAUAAACUAAGACCAACUAAAAAUAGAUAUUUGAUGGUAAAAACUCUGAGAAAGUUUAGUUUCUGCCUGAUGAGUGCCAUGGACCUGGGCAAUCAAUUAGCUUUGCGAGGUGAACUGAUAAAGGGAUUUUUGAAUAUAUGUUAACGCGCUAGUUCCACUGAAAUCUUAUCAGUGUCUCAAUGUUGAACUUACCCUGCUAGAUAAUGCAGUUGGAGAUUGAUUUACUUUUGUAAAUGCAUGUAUGCAUGUGAGUCGGACCCAAACUGGACUAGGCCCUCUGCGCCUUCUCCCCAGUUUCCGCACUGGACUUUGACCUGGAAAUUAUUGGACGUAUUUGCCAAUAGUGGCUGUCUUGUUGUCCUCUGCCUUUGAAUUUUACAGUAAGUUGAAGGAUAACAUGCAUCGUAUUGGUGCCAAAAGUAAAGCAAUGAGUGUGUUUGAAAUACACAGCUGUAAAUUUGUCCAUGUGUUCACUUCUAUAGAUACUACCAGUUUACUGUUUGCUAGCUUGUUAGCAAGGUCAAUACUUGGACAAGGACAGUAGCCCAGUUAGAUAACCCAGUGAGUUAUAACGGAAGAUCGACUUUACUAUGCAUGUAAGCAUACUGACUAAGUGAGUUUAUGUGUUUUCUGAGCGUGUAUGUGUGUAGGUCACUUCUGAAGUCCUCCCUGAUUUAAUUUAUCCAGUUUUCUUUAGACUGACCUGUGGGUAUACAGAUUUGUCUCACAUACACACACAUAUUGACACACCCACACAAAUACAUUCACGUGUUAACAUGAAGGCACAAAGUUGAUGUGUAUAUUUAUGAACAUAUGUGCAAUAUUUGGACGUUGUGUGAUACUGAAGCUUGUUUACACUGGCAUUAUUUUAUUAGAGCUUAAUGUUUCCAUGGUUUAUGUUUAUAAAUGGUUCAUAAGUAUAUCAGAUUUUAGGAUUACUGAGCAAUAAAAGCAAUUUCUUGAAGUGACUGACAUUGCAGGCCCACCAGAAAAGUUUAAAAAUGGCAAAUAACUAACUUAUUACUGUUUUAAUGAAAUGGAAUUUGAGUUUUAUCUUUUAAGAAUCAGGUCAUAUUUCUGAAGUUGAAGCCCUGCUAUCCAGUUAGUGUGACUGCUAUGUCAAUGAUAAGACAUCAGGCACAAAUAGAUGAACAGUCAACAUUAUAACACAGUCUGAGACUGUGUGUAUUAAAGCUGUAGUGAACAGCAUUUCACAGUGAUAAAUGUAUCUGAUGUUAAUGUUUCAUGCACAGGCAGACCAAGCAAAGGGCAUCAAGACCCUGAACUGACAACAAAUGUUUAUUGUGUCAUGUUUUAGUCAUUUCUGGUUUUGGAAAGAAGUGUGUGGUUUUAUUACAAUAAAGUGUUGUUUGAUA